CGCAGCUGUUCGCAGUCCGAGCUGGUGCUUCUCCCGAGACCCAGCGCCCAGGCGUGCCGCCCGGAGAGGAGCCUGCGCGAAGGUCACCCUGCGCCCGCCUGCCCGUCGCCCGCCUUCCAGCUCCCGCGCCCGGCUCACCCCGCCGCCGUCGCCUCUCCCGACCUCUGCGCACCCCGCCUGGGACACAGCCUCCUUGCCUGCGUUUCUUCGCUGGCCGGGCUGCGUCUCCAUCGGUCAGUCAGUUCGUCCGCCCGUCUGAGCCCCGCCGCCGCCGCCCAGGCCACUCGAGCGCCAUGAACCAGAUAGAGCCUGGCGUGCAGUACAACUACGUCUACGAUGAGGACGAGUACAUGAUCCAGGAGGAGGAGUGGGACCGGGACCUGCUGCUGGACCCGGCCUGGGAGAAACAGCAGAGGAAGACUUUCACUGCCUGGUGUAAUUCCCACCUAAGAAAAGCUGGCACCCAGAUCGAGAACAUCGAGGAAGAUUUCAGAAAUGGCCUUAAGCUCAUGCUGCUUUUGGAAGUCAUCUCAGGGGAAAGGCUGCCCAAACCUGACCGAGGAAAAAUGCGAUUCCACAAAAUUGCUAAUGUCAACAAAGCCUUGGAUUACAUAGCCAGCAAAGGCGUGAAACUGGUGUCAAUCGGGGCUGAAGAAAUUGUUGAUGGCAAUGUGAAAAUGACCCUGGGUAUGAUCUGGACCAUCAUCCUUCGCUUUGCAAUUCAGGAUAUUUCAGUUGAAGAAACCUCUGCCAAAGAAGGGCUGCUGCUUUGGUGUCAAAGGAAAACUGCCCCUUAUAGAAAUGUGAACAUUCAGAACUUCCACACUAGCUGGAAGGACGGCCUUGGACUCUGUGCACUUAUCCACAGACACCGACCUGACCUCAUUGACUACUCAAAGCUUAAUAAGGAUGACCCAAUAGGAAAUAUUAACCUGGCCAUGGAAAUUGCAGAGAAGCACCUUGAUAUUCCUAAAAUGUUGGAUGCUGAAGACAUUGUGAACACUCCUAAACCCGAUGAAAGAGCUAUCAUGACAUACGUUUCCUGCUUCUACCAUGCUUUUGCGGGAGCGGAGCAGGCCGAGACAGCGGCUAACAGGAUAUGUAAGGUUCUUGCUGUGAAUCAAGAGAAUGAAAGGCUGAUGGAAGAAUAUGAGAGGCUAGCGAGUGAGCUUUUGGAAUGGAUUCGUCGCACGAUCCCCUGGCUAGAGAAUCGUACCCCUGAGAAGACCAUGCAAGCCAUGCAGAAGAAGCUGGAGGACUUCCGGGAUUACCGUCGGAAGCACAAGCCCCCCAAGGUGCAAGAGAAGUGCCAGUUGGAGAUCAAUUUCAACACCUUGCAGACCAAGCUGAGGAUCAGCAACCGACCUGCCUUCAUGCCUUCUGAGGGCAAGAUGGUGUCGGAUAUUGCUGGUGCUUGGCAGAGGCUGGAACAGGCAGAGAAGGGUUAUGAGGAAUGGUUGCUCAAUGAGAUACGGAGACUGGAACGCUUGGAACAUCUGGCUGAGAAAUUUAGGCAGAAGGCUUCAACACAUGAAACGUGGGCUUAUGGCAAAGAACAGAUCCUGCUGCAGAAGGAUUAUGAGUCCGCAUCUCUGACUGAAGUCCGGGCUUUGUUGCGGAAACACGAGGCAUUUGAGAGCGACCUGGCAGCUCACCAGGACCGGGUGGAACAGAUUGCAGCCAUCGCUCAGGAGCUGAAUGAACUGGAUUAUCAUGAUGCUGUGAAUGUCAAUGAUCGGUGCCAGAAAAUUUGUGACCAGUGGGACAGAUUGGGAACGCUUACUCAGAAAAGGAGAGAAGCCUUGGAGAGAACUGAGAAAUUGCUAGAAACCAUUGAUCAGCUUCACCUGGAGUUUGCCAAGAGAGCUGCUCCUUUCAACAAUUGGAUGGAAGGAGCUAUGGAGGAUCUGCAAGACAUGUUUAUUGUUCAUAGCAUUGAGGAAAUUCAGAGUCUAAUCACUGCCCACGAGCAGUUCAAGGCAACAUUGCCGGAGGCUGAUGGUGAAAGGCAGUCCAUCAUGGCUAUCCAGAAUGAGGUGGAGAAGGUGAUUCAGAGCUACAACAUCAGAAUCAGCUCAAGCAAUCCGUAUAGCACUGUCACCAUGGAUGAACUCCGGGCCAAGUGGGACAAGGUGAAGCAGCUUGUGCCAGUUCGGGAUCAGUCCCUGCAAGAGGAGUUGGCUCGCCAGCAUGCUAAUGAGCGCCUGCGGCGCCAAUUUGCUGCACAGGCUAAUGCCAUUGGGCCCUGGAUCCAGAACAAGAUGGAGGAGAUUGCCCGUAGCUCAAUACAGAUCACAGGAGCCCUGGAAGACCAGAUGAAUCAGCUGAAACAAUAUGAGCAAAACAUCAUUAACUACAAGAACAACAUUGACAAGCUGGAAGGAGACCAUCAGCUCAUCCAGGAGGCUCUGGUCUUUGACAACAAGCACACUAAUUACACUAUGGAGCACAUUCGUGUCGGAUGGGAGUUGCUGCUGACAACCAUCGCCAGAACCAUCAACGAGGUGGAGACCCAGAUCCUCACGAGAGAUGCCAAGGGCAUCACCCAGGAACAAAUGAAUGAGUUCAGAGCUUCUUUCAACCACUUUGAUAGGAGGAAGAAUGGCCUGAUGGAUCAUGAAGAUUUCAGAGCUUGCCUGAUUUCCAUGGGAUAUGAUCUGGGUGAAGCUGAAUUUGCCCGCAUUAUGACCCUGGUUGAUCCCAACGGACAGGGCACAGUCACCUUCCAGUCCUUCAUUGACUUCAUGACGAGAGAGACUGCUGACACCGACACUGCUGAGCAGGUCAUCGCCUCCUUCCGAAUCCUAGCUUCAGAUAAGCCCUACAUCCUGGCGGAGGAGCUGCGUCGAGAGCUGCCCCCAGAUCAGGCCCAGUACUGCAUCAAGAGAAUGCCCGCCUACUCGGGCCCAGGCAGCGUGCCCGGCGCCCUGGAUUACGCCGCAUUCUCGUCGGCACUCUAUGGGGAGAGUGACCUGUGAUUCUGAGGUUUUGUAAUCGGUGAUCCCAUUAGAAUGCAAUAAAAGCAGAAGUCACAGAUUGUUUCCUGGAAACUUUGACAAGCUUUAUUAAGUUAAGGGGGAAAAAUAACAAUUUUGAAGCUCAGUAAUUGCCAACAAUGUAACUUGUCUGAAAUGAAGUUUCUGUAAGUAUAUGGCAUAGAGUGCUUCAUAAAUAGUUUUAUUUCUUAAUUUUUAGCUAAAUUUAAUGAAAUUUCAGGUUUGUUUUGUUUGAUUAACACAAAGUAAAUUGCUUGAGCAGUAUGAAGUUAGGAGGAUCUAGGGAGAAAGAAAGUGAAAAAUGUGAAUAUCCGAAAUACCCAAGAUUCAAGACUGGGUUGGGGGGGAAUCACAAAAUGGUAAAUGUUUGAUAUUUUUAAAAAAUGCUUCGUAUCUAAUAUGCCUAUGUCCUUAACCUUAGGGGAAUAUAUUUGGGAUACUAGUGUUGUUAUUUUCUUGCUUAUCCAAAGAUUAGCUAUAUUUAAGUAUAAAUGGUACUAUAGUUUCUCCAGCUGAAUUUAAUAUUAUGAUAUAGAACUCCCAGGGGAGAGAAACACACUACCCAAAAGAUCUUUAGUACUUAAAUUUUAAAAAAUACUGAUUAUAGUCAGCUCUUUGUUAUUUAGGACUACAUAGUCCAAUCAGGGGAAUUGCACUGCCUUACUUAUCCUUCAAAGGAUGAGGAAACACUGAAGUCAGUUUAAUUGCCAGAGAGAAAGAUGAAGUUACUAGGUAAAUUGAGUUUUUUAGAAUUAUUUAUUAGAAGUUUUCAUGCUUUUUACAGAGCUUGUUAGUACAGGUUUUCAAGAGAUGACCCUAUAUAUGUACUCUGUUUUUAAGUAAACAGGUUUCUAUAGUAAUUAUUUAUAACAAGACAAGUCAGUAACUUGUACCUUUAUAGCUCUCCAGACAGAAUUCUCCUCUAUGCCUUUAGUUUUAUGACCUGUUAAGGAGAAGCCAAAGGAGAACUUACAUAAAUGAUAAUUAGUAGGAAAGUUCUAAUUCUCAACAACAGUAGAGGUAAGUUAUUUCAUUCUAGAACCUUUAUAUGUCUUUUGGCUGAAUUCAUUUUGUGCAGUAUGGAUUACUAGAUGUUUUUAAUAGCAUUCAGUUUGUGCCUGCCUCUGUGACUUGACAGUGCAUCCUAACAAAUGCUGAGUCUGGUUCUGUUAGUAUCUAAAACCAUGCUCCAUUCUAGAGGACAGUACAUGUACACCAGCCAUUGUCUUGAUUUGUUGAGUGUUCAUUAAUUUUUCUGCUUAUGCUCCCGUAUGCUGUAACUCCCUCCUCUGUUUCUCCAUCUUGUUGACAGCCUGUAGAGAAUAAAGCAGAAAUCCUUUUUAUAUCUGAGUCCCUAAUUAUCAGGAAAUGGAUUAUAAACAAACAAAAGCAGUUACAAACAGCAAUUAAAGUGUUACUAGAAAAGCAGUAAUGUGCCUAUUACCUACAGUCUGUUUCCUCAGAUUUUUAAGCGUUCCACCAACAGCUGAAAAUGUGAUUUUUUUCCAUUCAUAACUGUCUGGUAAUUUAAUACUUUUACUACAUUGGUCCAUUUAGAACCUUUAAACUUUAUAAAUUUCAUUUAAUUUGCUUCAUUAUUAAGCAGUCGAUAGUUGCCAAAUUUCUGAAAUAUUUGAGUCCUUGAAAUGCCAAACACUUUUGGGGUGGUGUUUAGAUGAACUCUGACUGUUUUAUUUCAAGCAGGUGCUAUAUUCCAGCCAUAAACAUUAAGGAAAAACUUGGAAGUUGUUCUUCCUUUGAGGAUACUAAGGGGAUUUAUGGUGUGUUUUUAGGAUGGCUAAAGGUAGCUCAUCCACCUAAAAUUUUAAUUUCUUUUCAAUAUUCAAGCAAAAGAAUGGAUCAAUACUAUUUGCUAAUAAAUGAACAAAAGAAAUAAACUCAGAAAAACAUUUAAUAAACAUGUUUAUACUCUAAUUUUAGUAUUUUUAUUUCUGAAGCUGAACUAUCAAUUAAACUUAAU